AUGGGCCCCGCCAGCGCGACGCCCGCUGCGCCCGCUGCUGGCGAGGACGCAUCCAAGCUGUCCCAUGUGCAGCAGGUUCAGAACGAACUGGGCAAGCAGCAGGGCCGCAAGCUCAUGGUGGCGCAGACCGCCCCCGCGGUGCGCGUUGCCAUCGCCGAGACCCUGGGCCUGCCCCCGGGUGCCGUCAAGCCCGGGCAGCUUGUCACAGGCCUCAAGAUGCUGGGCUUUGACUACGUGUUUGACACCCUAUUUGGCGCCGACCUGACCAUUGUGGAGGAGGGCACCGAGCUGCUGCACCGCCUGGAGGCCAAGGCGGCGGAGGCCGCGGGCAAGCUCACGCCCGCCGAGGACGGCCACGCGGUGAGCUCCAUCCUGCCUAUGUUCACGUCCUGCUGCCCCGGAUGGGUGUCCAUGGUCGAGAAGUCCAACCCAGAGCUCAUCCCCUACCUAUCAAGGUAG